CAACUGUCCUAGAGGGGGGACUGAGGCUGGGUCUUGGGGCCUGGGUGCCACCAAGCUAGAAUGCUGGGAGACCUUAUGUCUUUUUUUAGGACUCUCCACGAGAUACUUGAUUCCUCGGGCACCAUAGGAGCAUUGGUGGCUUGGAUGAUCAGCUAUAAGCCAGUCUUGUUCGGGUUCCUCUUCCUCCUGCUAUUGCUUAGCAACUGGCUGGUCAAGUAUGAAUUCAAGCCUACCCCCACAGAGACCCAGCAGGACAAGAUCCUUGAACGGCUUAUGUUCAGUGAAAUGAAGCUGAAGGUCUUAGAAAAUCAGAUGUUCAUCGUUUGGAAUAAAAUGAAUCGCAAGCGGUCGAGCGGUCAGCAGAUGUUUGCCGAGAGGAAGCACAGACCGAGGAGACAGGAGUCCCCCUUCUCUAUCUACUCGGAGUGCACGACCAAUUCUCCCUGAGGGCCGAGGCUGGGGUGGGCUGGCUUCUUCUGGUGUUACCUUUACUCAGUAAAGCCCCAGCAGAGACUAUUGGAUUUUCUUAGUAAAUCACACUGGAGAGGAUGAUUGGGCGCUGAUAGGUCACCUCCGGAAAAGCAACCUACUCACCAGGCCAGCCAGACGGCAUCCUAUGAUACAACCUGACGGCUCUA